AGUGGCGAUGGCGGAGCUGUACGUGAAGCCGGGCAACAAGGAGCGCGGCUGGAACGAUCCGCCACAGUUUUCAUAUGGGCUGCAGACCCAGGCUGGUGGGCCCAAGCGCACACUGCUCACCAAGAGGGUCGCCGCUCCCCAGGAUGGAUCUCCCAGAGAGACUUUUCCUGGCCCCCCGCCACUGGGGCCUCCACCUCCUUCAAGUAAGGUUCCCAGGCCCCCACCUGUGGGGAGUUGUCCUGCCUCUGGUAUGGAGCCCACAAGUUUCCCAGUUGAGUCUGAGGCUCUGAUGGAGGAUGUGCUGAGACCUUUGGAACAGGCAUUGGAGGAUUGCCGUGGCCACACAAGGAAGCAGGUAUGUGAUGACAUCAACCGACGCCUGGCACUGCUGCAGCAACAGUGGGCUGGAGGGAAGUUGUCAAUGCCCGUAAAGAAGAGGAUGGCUCUACUGGUGCAAGAACUUUCAGGCCACCAAUGGGAUGCAGCAGACGACAUCCACCGCUCACUCAUGGUUGACCAUGUGACUGAGGUCAGCCAGUGGAUGGUAGGAGUUAAAAGAUUAAUUGCUGAAAAGAGGACUCUGUCUUCAGAGGCGGCCAGUGAAGAGAAAUCUGCAGCCACAACUGAGGAGAACCAGACCAUACCAGGCUUCCAGCAGGCUCCAUAAUACUGUGGGUUCCUCAGACUCAACCUGACACCAUCUCCUACACUUUGGUGUGGGAGGCCUUCUUACAUUGGGCUCCCUCUUAACCACCAGGGAGGUUGUCUGUCCCAUUUGGCCUGAUUUACCUCUGUGGAAAAGGUCAGCUUGGCCCACAGGGAAGACUUGUUAACCAUAACACACACAGUUCAAUAAAAACAUCUCAGUGGUGGGCUUUGGGUA